GAGGGCGUGUGAACUCUCUGUCUCCCAGUGUCUUCCAACUGCGUCCAGGAUCAUAACCUCAUUGUACUCCCUUUUUUUGAACUCCAGCCUUCCAAGCCAACAGAAGUUUGGGAUUUUCCUGAGAUGCCCUCUGAAUUUUUUUGCGCCGUGGAGUCAAAUCUGCUUUUGAUUGUUGCAAACUUAUCUUCCUUCCACAGCAUCUCCUUGGACUGAACUUCACCAUGUCUUUGUCUGGCAACAUCAUCGAGGAUUGUAGAAUUAUAGACUAUUUUGGGUUGGAAGGGACCUUAAAGAUCAUCCAGUUCCAACCCCCCCUGUGAUGGGCAGGGACAUGUUCGGGAUGACUGAACUCCCUGUCUCACAGUGUCUUCCAGCUGUGUCCAGGACCAUCCUCAAGCCUGGUGUUGACGUGUGUGUGUGGAGGACCCUUUGGGCUGCUGAGGACGCUUGGUCAACUUUGGGUGAUGCCGGACACCGCUUGCAAGAUCUGAAAGGAAACAAAGCCACGAUAACUAGGUGAUCUUUAAGAGCAGCUCUGGGAAGCACACGCAAAAUGAGCAGUGGAGGACAGUGCAGAAGACGCAAAGGGCCCUCAGUCUGAGCCACGAGGAUUUGAAGAUGUCUGCGUGCAGUGACUUUGUGGAACACAUUUGGAAGCCCGGCUCCUGCAAAAACUGCUUCAACCCAAAGAGUUCCCAUCGGCUGCAAACACCCCGAGAUGUGGGAGCUUGUGGUGUGCUCCUGAAUGGAGUUAGAACCAAGCCUGAGAGUUCUGCAUUGGAAGACGAACGUGUAAAUACCUCACCCUUCUCAAAGCCAACAAUUGCUGUGAAGCCAACUAUGAUAAACUCAGAUGUUUCUGACACGUGGGCGGAUGUGAAUAUGAAUGCAGAUCUGUCACAGGUCAGCUGGGGCAUGGUUUCUGGCAAACAUCUCCUUCUGAAAUCAGGAGAUGCACAGCGGAUCUGCCUCAACAAUUUUGGCAACAGUGGUGUGAGAAAGCCCUUCCUUCACAACCCGCCAAGUGACUGCUUGUCUUGCUGUCCUCCUAGCUACUCCAUGGUGGGCCUGCACAGCCUGGAGAGUCGAGUGGAGAGAAAUGUCUCCAUCCACAGCCUGGUGUUUGUGGAUGAGGUGGGCAAGCAGGAGGACAGAACCAAAGACAAGUUUGCCCUGCCACAUCAGGACCCCAGCCCUAAUCUCUCUGCCUUGGAAGAAAGAAGCACCUCAAGCUCCAGCAGAAACCCUUCUGCCCAAGCCAGAGAAGGAGCAGUGCUUCCCUUGGAGGGUGACUGUGGUCGCCUCUCCUCCAGCUUCGAAAGUGAAGGAGGUGAGUACUGUUCAAUCACGGACUGCCACAAAGAGCGCCCGGCCUCACAGGAGCCACGCUGCGUGGAGGGAAAUGGUGCCUGGUGCGAGAAGCAGAGCCCUGCUCUGUGCAGAUGGAGGCAGCAGAAUGCUCCUGAGAUUCCCAGGCCAAGUGAAAGGGCAGUGAAGCUCAAUGAAGAGGAGCGCAGGGCUGUGAACGUCGCCUUCUGCAUCACAAAAGACCAGAGUGAUCCUCUCCCCUAUACUGCGUGUUCAGAGAGGAGAAAGUUGGCUCUCCACGCUGACCCUGCUGUCCCCUCUGAGAGCACAGGGAGCAACAAGGCAGCUGUCUUUGCAUUGUCCCAUGACGAUGAGGACUUGCCUCUCCCCGUAGAGUCUUCUGUCACUGAGGGUUCAAACACUCCUCAACAGGCUUUGGUGGAGCCACAGUGCCCUCGCCUUGCUGAGCCAACCCGCGGUGAUCCCAUCUAUGCCGAGAGCACCAAGAGGAAGAAGGUGCAGCUGAAGGCUGUUGGCGGACAGGCAAAAGCAGAGAAGCUGCCCCGUGGCAUCACCAAGGAGCAAGCUGAUGGGAUGUGGAGGGAUGGUAGUUGGGCUCUGGGUGGUGAGAAGGAAUACCAGGACUCCACUAGCCAGGUGGCGGCAAAGAUAACUAUCAUGACCGCACACACAGAGGAUGAUCACAAGACAAUAUUCCUCAGCAGCCCUGACUCAGCAGUGGGAGUUCAGUGGCCGUGCAUGAGUCCCACCUCCCAUCCUGAAUUUGGGACUUCAUCACCUGCCAUUGAGCCUGGAGAGAUUUUUCAAGCACCUGGAAGUGAAAACAGCAUGAGAUUUCAUCUGGCAGCUCCUGCCAAGACUUCAGUUGCGGAGGGUCCAGCCAUUCCCCCAAAGAUGUCCAAAACCAGCCAGCUGGCCAGUGAGGGAAACCGUGUUCCCACAGUAAGCUCCCAUGUGUCAAAGUUUGGUGAUGAGAACAGCCACGAUGGAGCUGCCGUUCAGCUGCUGCCCAGGAGCUAUACUGAUACAGGUGCCUUUGGGGCAUCCCCUUCUCUGUGCACUCAUGUCAAUGGCGUCGCUGUGGAAGAGUCCAGCAGAAGCCUGACAGGCCCUUCCUGUGACAGGAGGCAGAAAUACUACACCCCAGCAUGGACCAAGCAGUGCCGGAUAGAGGAGGAGGAGGAGGAGCAAGAGGAGGUGGAGGAACAGGAGCUCUUAACCCACCCAUGGACAAUGGGAGCUAAGAAUGGAAAAGCUUGUGCCGACCUCGUGGGUGAAUGUCCAGUGCGGGAGAGCCAGACUGGGAUCAGCAAAUCAUUGUCUUUCUCCUUUGAUUUCCCUAAAGACAAGGACAGUGGUGUGGAGUUUGCACCACCGCCACCACCACCGAAGAAGCAGUCCAGGCACACUCUGAAAAUGAACUCGAAUAAUGCUGAGUUGGAGAGGGUCAGCAACAGCUCUGCUGAGAGCCUCAGCCCACCUUUCAGGAGCGUCCACGUCAGCUUCACAGCUGGAUCGACUGAUAGCCUCGACUCGGACACACAGACUGGCAGUGAUGGCAGGCACUCGUCUGAGCCGAACCACUCUCCCCCUCCAGCUGAGAGUCAAGUGUUUCCUCCUGUCCCUUUCCUUCCUGCCUCCAGUGAGGAUGGUCUCUCCUCUGCCCCCAGCUGUCCACCCCCUCUGCCUCAGAAGAAGACAGUGAGCAGAACGGUGUCCUCCCCAGAUGGCUUUUUUGGGGGACAGGCAUCUACAGGCACAGCAAUCGGUGCUGCCAGCCCUAGGCUGAACGUCAGCCACUCCGAGAGCAAUGUCUGCCUCCGAGAGGCAGACAUCCACCUGGCCAGCCUGGGAGGCCGCCCUGGCGCUUUCUCCUCCUCUGAGUCUCUGGAGAAAGUCUCCAAAGGAAACAGCUACUGGGGCUCAGCCACUGCUAAGAGCACAGGGGCUUGCAUCCCCAGCAGAAACCCGCAGUCCCUUUCCUCCUCGCAGCUUAGUGUAUCUAGCCAGGUGUCAUCGGGCUCCAGUCUCCAGCUCCACAACCUCCUGAGCAACAUCGACAGCAAAGAGGGAGUGUAUGCCAAACUUGGGGCCCUCUACGCUGAGUCCUUGCGCCGCCUGGUUGCCAAGUGUGAGGACUGCUUCAUGCGGGAGCAGAAGAACGAGCUGCACUUCAGCGAGAACAAUUGGUCACUCUUCAAGCUGGCAUGCAACAAACCCUGCUGCGAUUCAGGGGAUGCAAUAUAUUACUGUGCCACCUGCUCCAAGGACCCUUCUACCACCUAUGCUGUGAAGAUUUGUAAAACCCAGGAGUCCAAGGUGGCUGCUUCAUACUGCAGCCCUGCAGUGCCAGUCCACUUCAACAUCCAGCAGGACUGUGGGCAUUUUGUGGCCACUGUCCCCUCUAGUAUGCUGCUGGCCUCGGACGUGGGGAAAAGCAUGCCUGGGGAUGGCCUCCAUCACUCCCGCACUGCCAGCGAGCAUGACUGUGUGGUGGUAAUUACCCGGGAGGUGCCAAGCCAGACCACUGCUGACUUCGUGAGGGACUCGGUGAUGUUGCACCAAGCCAAGCCAGAGCUGUACGAACGUCGUGUUUGCUUCUUGCUCCUCCAGCUCUGCAAUGGCUUGGAGCAUCUCAAAGAGCAUGGCAUCAUCCAUCGUGACCUGUGCCUGGAGAACCUCCUGCUUGUCCCCUGCAAGCCCCCCAUGAGCUGUGUGAAAGCCAAAGAUGACAAACACUUACCCCGCCUCAUCAUCAGCAAUUUUUUGAAAGCCAAGCAGAAGCCAGGAACUGGAGACUCCAAACUGAAGAAGAGUCAGGCCCGGCUGGCCCCGGAGAUCGUAUCGGCUUCUCAGUACAAGAAGUUUGAUGAGUUUCAGACUGGUAUUCUCAUCUACGAGCUACUGCACCAGCCCAACCCCUUUGAGGAGAAGGUCCACCUCAGGGAGCAGGAUUACAGCCCUCAGGACCUUCCUGCUCUGCCCAGCCUGUCCAUCUACUCCCGGGGGCUCCAGCAGCUGGCUCACCUGCUGCUGGAAGCAGAUCCCAUUAAGCGCGUGCGGAUCACUGAGGCCAAGCGGAUGCUGCAGUGUCUGCUUUGGGGACCCCGGAAAGACCUCACGGAGCAGCCCCUCAGCCACGAGGAAGCACUCCGACGGGUGCUUCAGAACUGGGUGGACAUGAAGCGUGCCCUGCUCAUGAUGAAGUUUGCGGAGAGGGCUGUGGAUGCAGAGCGGAGCAUUGAACUGGAGGACUGGCUGUGCUGCCAGUACUUGGCAUCUGCUGAGCCGGCAUCCCUCUCACACACAUUAAAACUGCUGCAGCUGCUCUGACCUUGGACGUGUCUGAGGCAGCUGAAGGCUCCCAGCUGCCUUGCAGCUAAAGGUACCCAGUCCCUUUAUAGGCAAGAGGUUUGACUCUCAGCUGCACAUGCACAUUCAGCUCCUGCCCUGCACUCCUAUCAGAGUGUACAAGACAUGUUUAGUACCUUCAGCACUGUUAAUUUGUGAGCAGCCACAACUGGGGACCUACCCCUAUUCUGGGGAGUUUUUAUUUUCUGUUUUUUUGGUAUGGUAAGUCUGUGAACUAAUAAACUCCUGCCUGCCUGUGUGCAUGUUCCUAAUGAACUCAAUGCAUUUGAGUCGAUUUCUGUGCCUGUGGGACAGGCCUUUGAUCCUUACCCUCUCCUAAAGCAUCAGAGCCUCUGCCUCGAAACACCGUGACUCUCCAGAGUGGGUGGCAGGGAUGAACGGUUGGCUGCUUCUCCUGGGAAGCAAGAACAAUCCACAUAAUGAUCCUUUGCAAGGGAGAAUGAAGAGGGGCUUUCAAAUUCACGUCCUUUGUGGGUUUUUGUGUCCAUUUUGCUUCUUGCUGUAAAAAACAAAAGUUACUGCUUGUUUCUGUAUAUCAGCUGUAUUUUCCACUGUGGGCUAUUCAGUAUCAGCUGCCUACUACCUUCAUUAGAUACUAAUAUAGCAUUGCUUUCCUGUCUAGUGGUGCAGCUGUGCAGGCUGCUGAUUGUAAAAGGGUGAGAGAGAGCCCAGGAUGGGUCUGUUCAUGAUGAUGAUGCUGCAUGCUGGGAAUUACCCGUUGUAAAGUUAAUGACACGGAAAAUCCCCAAUUCACCUACAAGGCUUUGUGGUGGGAAGUCAGGGCCAGGUUGCUUUGCCUUCCCCAUCCCUCCAGCUCCUUCCCUUCACCUGGUAAUUCACCUGUCCCUUGUGUCUAGCAUUUAUUUAACCCCUUUAUCAAGAGAUUAGCUGGCAUGUAGAAUGCCAGGGCCACUGGCCUGUUGUCUGGGAGACUCUUAUUGCUGCUGGAGUUUUAAUGGGAAAUGUGUAGGGCUGAGUGCACUAUGAACAUGCUCCUCCAACAAAUGCAAUGCAAGGGCAGCAUGAUGGAAUAGGGAGAAGCUGGCCUGGCUCCCUCCAGCCCCUUUUCCUCCCUCCAUCCAUACAUAUAGCAGCCACCCAUCUUGCUGGAGAGACCAUGCUGCUGUUCAGAAAAAAUGAUUUUCCAAAAGGUUGUGGGCUGCUUUUAAUCUCCUCCACCCCAACACAAGGCAGAGAUGAGCUGCCCUGCUCCUGGCACUAGUUCUGCAGCCCUUGGAAAGGGGUUGAGUUUGGGGCACAGCAUGAGACUAGCUGAGCUACACCUCUCCCAGCUCAAAACAGGGAGAAAUGCAUGCGCACUUUCCU